AUGGGGAUGGUGCGGGCGGCGUGGUUUCUGCUCCUGUCGGCGCUGCUCGCGGCGGCGGACGCAAGGAGGCAGAAGGGCGGCGAGACGGCCUGCGACAAGGGGUGGGAGUGCAGCGGCAGCAGGUUCUGCUGCAACGAGACCAUCACCGACUACUUCAAGGCCUACCAGUUUGAGGAGCUCUUCGCCAAGCGCAACAACUCCCUCGCCCACGCCGCCGGCUUCUGGGACUACCGGGCCUUCAUCACCGCCGCGGCCCUCUACGAGCCUCGCGGGUUCGGCACCACCGGCGGCAGGGAGAUGAGCAUGAAGGAGGUCGCCGCCUUCCUGGGCCACGUCGGCGCCAAGACCUCGUGUGGAUAUAGUCUAGCUGACGGUGGUUCAUUGGCUUGGGGUCUUUGCUACAACCAUGAAAUGAGCCCAAGCCAGAGCUACUGUGACGACAGCAAUGAAUUAUACCGUUGUGCUGAAGGAGUUGAGUACUAUGGUCGAGGCGCCCUUCCUGUUUACUGGAACUACAACUAUGGUAUUGUGGGUAAGGGUAUCAAGCAGGAUCUGUUGAAGCACCCAGAGUUAUUGGAACAGAAUGCCACGCUAGCGUUUGAAGCAGCGAUCUGGAGGUGGAUGACUCCAAUGAAGAGGAAGCAGCCAUCAGCCCAUGAUGUCUUUGUUGGCAACUGGAAACCAACCAAGAAAGACACUUUGUCCAAGAGGUAUCCUGGCUUCGGUGCGACAAUGAACAUUUUGUAUGGUGAUGCCAUCUGUGGGAUAACAAGUGUUGGAGUUCAGAGGCAUAUUCUUACAGCACUACAGAAUAUAGAUGGAUGGAUAUUUACCACUGAAGCGGCUUAUCCAAGUGCCUGCUUGGGGACCGUCAGCUGGGAACCACACAUGGACCUGGAUAGCCAGGGCACCAGCAACCAUUACUGGCAUUCAAACAAGGCGAGCAGGAAGGGGAUGGAGCUCACCAACACCCCCCAUCUUGCCUCCUCCAGCUUCUUCUUCUCCAGCUGCAGUCCUUGCGCCUGCAGAACUGGGAAGGCUGUGAUAACAGCGUUUGCUGCUGGUAGUAGGUGCAGUGCUGAUUCUAUUUAUGCAUGCCCAGAGCCCAUUGAACAGCAUAAUGUAGACAGCCUUUCAGGUCCUGCAAAUACCCAAUGUUAUAGAAGGAGAGAUUUUGCUGCUGUUGCUCUGCUCCCUUUUCUACUUCCUCAUGUUGAUAUGGCGAGUGCGGCUGACUCAUAUGAUGGAUCAAUUAUUCAAAACGGUGUGAGGAAUGUCUUAUCCAAGGUGAAAGCAGCUGGCGUGCUUCGUUUGGUUUUCCAUGAUGCAGGGACUUUUGAUAUUAGUGACAAAUCAGGUGGCAUGAAUGGCUCCAUAAUCUAUGAAGCUGACAGACCUGAAAAUGCAGGACUUAGUAAAUCCUUAAAGAUACUACGAAAAGCAAAAGAAGGAAUCAACCAGGUUCAGCAAGUGUCAUGGGCGGACUUGAUCGCAGUGGCUGGUGCUGAAGCAGUUGCACUCUGUGGAGGGCCUGAAAUUCCCAUACGAUUAGGCCGUUUAGAUUCCAGCACUGCUGAUCCUACUGGUAAACUUCCUGAAGAAACAUUGGAUGUGGUGGCCUUGAAAACAUCAUUUGGCAAAAAGGGCUUUUCGACACAGGAGAUGGUCGUUUUGUCUGGAGCUCACACAAUUGGGGGUAAAGGAUUUGGAAAUCCAAAUGCUUUUGAUAACGCCUAUUUCAAAGUACUCCUUGAGAAGCCACGGCCAACUUCAUCUGGCAUGCCGAUAGGGCUGCCCACAGAUUGGGCACUCACUGAAGAUGAUGAAUGCUUAAGGUGGAUCAAUAUCUAUGCAAAGGACCAGGAUAAAUUUUUCGCCGACUUCAGAGAUGCAUAUACCAAGCUUGUAAACAGCGGAGCCUCGUGGAGAACAGCUUAG